UCUGCCCGAGAUGCAGCAGCAUAUAGGGCAUGUUGAGGAGGAGCUGAAGAAGACGAAGGAGCAAUUAUAUGUAAUCGAGAAAGAAAGGGAUCGAGCAGUUAAUGAGGUGAAAGAUAUGAAAAAGGUGGCUGGGGAUGCCAACAUGAGGCAAAAGGUCAGAGAGAUGCAAAUGGAGCUGAAUUCAGUGAAGGAUGCAUUGUCGAUUGCAAGCCAGGAACUGAACAUCAAAGAAAAGAAUAUGAACUCUUUGAAACUUGAACUAGAGAAGGCAAAAAAAUUGGAGCUUAAACUGGCAGAAAGAGAUGCCUCAUUGGGUAAAUUGAAAGGGGAGUUGAGUAGUGUGAAAACCUCUGAGGCUAAGGUGAUUGUUUUAUUGUCUGACAGUCAGAUUAGAAUUCAGGAAUUGGAGGUGGAAAUCAAAAAAGGGAAGGAAUUGAAUACAAAAACGUUUGAUUCAUUGGUUGCUCAGACAAAGCAGGUUGAGCAAACCAAGAUUUUGCUUGAAGAGGAAAAGCUUGAGAUUGCUUCUCUUCAUGAGAGGGUGAAGAAAUUGGAGGGUGAGAAAACAGCUUCCUUGAAGGCAAAGACACUCAGUGAGGAAAUGGAAAUGGUUAAAAAUGAACUGAAGUUGGUAACAGAGGCGGAAGAGCAUGGGAAGAAGGCAAUGGAUGAUUUGGCACUAGCACUAAAGGAAGUGGCAACAGAAGCUAGCCAGGCAAAGGAGAAACUCAGCGUAAGCCAAGCAGAGCUAGAGCAGGCGAAAGAGGAGGGAGAGAAUUUGAAGGUGAUGUUGAAGAGCAAGGAGGAAAUGUACAAAGCACUCUUGGAUGAAGCAAGGAAAGAAGCUGAUCGAUAUAAGAAUACUGCAGAAAGGUUGAGAUUAGAGGCUGAAGAGUCCCUCUUGGCAUGGAACGGGAAAGAAACUGGCUUUGUUGAUUGUAUCAAAAAGGCUGAGGAGGAGAGGUUUGCUGCACAAGAAGAGACCAGUAGGCUGCUUGAGUUGCUUACAGCAGCAGAGAAAAAGGGUAUUGCCUCAAAGGAAGAAAAUCAGAAGUUGCGUGACAUACUCAAACAGGCCCUGAAUGAAGCUAAUGUUGCAAAAGAAGCUGCAGGGAUUGCUCGGGCUGAAAAUUCCCAACUCAAGGAUAGCCUGGUUGAAAAGGAGGAUGCCUUGAAAUUCCUUGCCAUAGAAAAUGAACACCUUAGGUUUAAUGAAGCUGCUGCUUUUGAGAACAUCAAAGAGUUGAAGCGGUUGCUUUCUGAGGCACUAACAAAGGAGUUAAAGAAAGAAGACAAGGAGAAAUCGCCAACAAAGGAGUCCAAGAAAGAAGAUAAGGAGCACAAAGAUGGCAACAAGCUGGUCAAAGCUUUCAGUUUUCGGCUCAAGGAGUCGAAACUUCCCAAUAAGCACAGGGACGUGGACGAGGACCCCCACAAUGAUGAGGAUCUUAGGGGCUCAAUAUUUGACAGUUUAGCUUCAUCAGAUUCAGCAGCCCAUCAGAGGAAAAAGCCGUCUCCUGUAUUCACAGAUGAUGGAGAAACACUACAUUCAGAUGAUUUUGAUCAUCUUGAUGGAACCCAUUUUGAGGACCCAGACAAUUAUGAUAAAGGCUCAAGAAAAAAGAGAGCACUACUACGAAGAUUUGGAGAUCUUAUUAGGAGAAGUCGUCUUCAGAGUUGAUGGAAUAAACCUUUUGCAGUAAACAAGUUUUUCCUACCACUUAGUUUUGAUUCUUGGAACAGAUUAUCCACUUAUUUUGAUUCUUGGAAAAUGAGACUUGCCACCAGAGAGUUAUAGUGAACAUGCUCCCAUUGAUCUAUGGUUAUGUACAGUCAGUCUUACAGCAAAGAUAUAAUAGGAAGCUUGAAGUUACCAAUUUAUCUU